UUGGAUAUUAUUAAGUUUGAACUAAUAAGCGAUCGCUUAUUUUACAAUAUAUUUGUUGUCCUUUGGAAGCAUGCUUUCAAGCUAAAUCUAACUUAAGACGUGCGGAGUAAUACGUUGGAAAUAGUGGAGAGGCAACAAACUAAUUGCUCGUACAAAUUUCAGAUUUCUUUACCUUUUCUUAAAGCGAAAAUAUUAUACUCUAUAAUUAUGCAUCCGUACAAAAGUAUAUAAUUAAUAUGAGUACCAUCAGCAGUACUUAAGUUGUUCAGAUUCCUUUGUUCUUCCAACAGCUCAGACUUUUGAGAAUAGAAGAAUAUGGGUUCUAUUGGAGAGGCAAUUGACAUAAAAAUGGAAAUAUUUGAGGCAAAUGAAGAUAAUUACGGAGGAGUUACUGUGAACAUGAAGAAGAAGGAGCCUAUGGAUUCACAUACAUUUCAUACUAUGCUAAGGGCUUCCAUUUCUCAUUGGAGGCUAAAGGGAAAGAAGGGUGUUUGGAUUAAGUUGCCUAUAGAACUAGCACAUCUUGUUGAUGCAGCAGUGAAGGAGGGAUUUUGGUAUCAUCAUGCAGAAGCAACAUACUUGAUGCUUGUGUAUUGGAUUCCUCAUGAAACACCUAACACUUUACCUGCUAAUGCUUCUCAUCGUGUUGGUAUUGGUGCUUUUGUUCUCAACGACGAUGGACAGGUGCUGGUCGUUAAAGAAAAAUCUGGAAAUAGCACUGGAACUUGGAAGCUGCCUACUGGCGUUGUUGAUGAGGGCGAGGAUAUAUGCACGGCAGCCGUUAGAGAAGUUCAAGAAGAGACUGGAAUUGAGACAGAAUUUGUUGAACUCCUUGCCUUCAGACAAAGCCACAAAUCAUUCUUUGGAAAGUCGGAUUUGUUCUUCAUAUGCAUGCUAAAACCACUCAAUCUCACUAUCCACAAGCAAGAUGCUGAGAUUGAGGAAGCUAAGUGGAUGCCAAUAGAAGAGUAUGCAGCUCAAGUUAAAUUGAACCAAAGUGAACUCUCCAAAACCAUCGCAAAAAUAUGUGUAGCAAAGAAAGAGAAACAGUACACUGGCUUCUCUGCUCUUCCUACAACUACUGGACAUUCAUCUAAGAAGUGUUACAUAUACUCUAAUUUAUGAUUAAAUAAUUGAAAUUCUCUUUCAUGGAUAUGUUUAAAAUAAGAUUGUUGUACGUUUGAAUAAUAUUGUUGUCAGUGUAUAAGCCAUAUUGAUAUGUGGAAAUAAAAUAGUUACUUGGAUCUGUUUUAGCUAGUUGAUAUAUGUUUUUUUCACUUUGUUUUCCUUGUUUUUGUGUGGAAAAAUCAAUGCAAAUGAAGUCAAUGUAUCUGCAAUCACUAGCAAUUUGUUGCAAUUUCUGCUUGUUAUGUGGCA